AUGAGAAGUACCCUCGGCUUGGGUCUCCCCCAAGGGGGGCCCCCCGGGGCCUGGGCCUGGGGGGGGCCCCCAGCCCAGUACCCUACAACGGGGAGGGCCUCAUGGGGCCCCAGCUGCAGCAGCACCUGCAGGGGCCCUCAGCCCAGCAGCAGCAGCAGCAGGGAGCAGCAGCAGGACGAACUGCAAAGUGUGUACGGCCCGGCGCUGCCAAACGCAGGG